UCCCUCCCCCUGUGAAAGCGUGGCUCUGGAAAAGCUGUGUCCACGUGUCCACACAGUGGGAAGCCACAACCCAUGAUGCAAAGGACUGAAAUCACCUCAGCAUGAAUCCCUGAUUUACGGCCGCCCCAACAUGAGCAAGACCGCCACCCACCAGCUCCAGAGAAAUCCAGCCAAGGUCAUGUUCUGUAUAUGGGUUAAAAGUAGCAUAUGAAGUGUUUAGCAGGGUCACAUAGUCAUAGUGGAUGGAUGCUGGGAUCAGUACUAGGGUCAAAUCUAUUUUGACCCCAACCCUGGCUUAGGGUUCCUUUUAUAGUGUGACAUCAUUGCAUAUUUGUCAAUAUAUAUUUUCUAAGAUCAGUUACUAGUGGGCUUACCUUUCACUGUGAGGAUUAUUAGUGGUGAUCAUAGACUUUGAACUAUUAUUAUCAAUCAUCAUCAAACAAUAGUUGAGAAUAUGGUUGAAACCAGAAGGUUUACCAUUAACAUGAAUCUACUUCUAUAGAUUCAGGACAUUAACAUUAACUCCCAAGACUCCGAUAGAGCUCUUAUUCAUUGGUGGUAGUAAUCAUUAUGUGUGCUUGUCCUCGUCAGCCAGGGCUGUGCAGCUGUGUUGGCAGUUGGCACACUGUGUUGUGGAUCAGCUGGAGAGGCUUAUGUGAGGGCCAGGGCCCUGCUGCCUGCCUGCCUCUGAGCGUAGCGUGACCCUGCGGGCACAUACAUCAGCACAGUGACAGGCUGGGUGCUCGGCCGCUCAAGCAUGACUCCAAGGCCACGUUGCUGCUCCUCUGUGUCAUAAGCCCCAACGACUCUUCAAGCUAUUCACCGAAACAUGUCCCCAGGCCCCCCUGGCAAGACGGCAAUGACAUGGGCAAUGGGAGGCUGUUCAUGGACUUAGCAAUACUCAGCUAGUAAGUUUGCAAGUACGAUUUAUUUGGGUAAUGUGGUGUUUUUUGGUAUUAGGCGUGCCACAGUGCUCGGUUCUUGACCCAAUUAAUGAGGGGCUGAGAGGAGGGAACAUCAGAUGCACCCCUCCAUAGCCUCUCGCGGACACACCAUACCUACGGGCCGAUGUCAUGCCACCGUGUCUACGGCCGUUACAUCAUCUGCUCCUGAAGCCGACCCCGUUCUCACUGCUAUCGGUCCCCUCCAUCCAUCACGCUGACUGGUUGACAGUUUGCAGAAGGUUGCAACGCAAGGCCUCUAAACACCUGGCUCUAGCCGAGAGCGUUGCCCACUCCACCUGCUAGUUGUCUUUAGUGGCCGUUUCACACUUUGCACCAAUACCAGUAAAGUCCUUUCUGUCGACUGGGCUGGUUGAAGGGUGAGUCCUGCCAAUGCUGUUCCUCAUUGCUCUCCGCUGAGCCCGGCUUUCACGCAGCUCGUAAACAUGCCACUCUCCUGGCUCAUCAGUCACGGGCCCUCUCCCCUCACCGAUGCCCUACAACGCUGGUGACAACCCUGAUAUCAGGGUGAUGUGGCAGCAGAUUGCCAACUUAAGCUCCUGUGUGGUUUGUAUGUCACUGCGGCCUGGAUCCACACCCACAGAGCUUCUGUCCUCUUACAAGUUGACUUCAAGCUGCUUUGAAUACUGUUCACACAUGGUAUUCGUUGACCGGUGGACACCCACGUGGCCAGCAUAUGGUGGGCAUUUACUGCCCGUGUGCUUGAUUUUGAAGUUGUUACCAGUGGGUCAUAACCUUUUCUGUGUUGUGGUGUAUGUCAUUUCUUUGAUGCUCUCUGCCGACAGAUAUUCUAGCUCGCCAUCAGCUCACUGAUACAGGUGAUGACACACAUGCAGACAAAGUGUCCUGGACCACCCGAGCUUUAGCUGUCUAUAGCCUGACCUUGAAGAUGCAUAGGCUACGUGAGAAAAAAACAACACAGGGAGAAAGUAUGCAUCUUAUGUGCUCAGGGGUCAAGCUUCUAACCCUGCUAGUGUUCAGUUCAGCAGGUCUUUACGGCCUCUGCACAUUCUGUGUGAGGUUAUGCUAAAUGUUUUUCUUUACAAGUAAAGUGCAGUAGGUAAUGGAGUAGGUAAUGGACCUCGGAGAUGAGUGUGUGUGUGUCAUGUUCUCACUGUGGUUUGGAGAGGCUUGGCCCCUGACCUCUAGCUGGUUCAGAGAGUUGAAACCAACCUGGGGAGCCGAGAACAUUGAAUGUGCUUUCGCUAUUGAUCUGAAGCCCGUACGUCCGUAAAAAAUGAUAAUCCGUCGAAUCCCAUAUCAAAGAAAACAAAAUAGCAGCAAUGCCAUCUCAAGCGCUCUGCUCGAGACGUUCUGGCGAAAAGGUGAGAGAUUUACAGCACGUUUUGUCUUUAGUUUCUCAGCUAUUUGAGGUAUCUGUUAAACAGAUUGUUGCAUUGAUUUCUGGGAAGACAGAUGGUUGUGUGCAUGCUUUCAAGACGACCGAAGGAAUGAAGAAAUUGUUCAGCUCGGUAGAUCAAAUUCAGAAUAGCAGUGUCAUUAGAUUUCAUUUUAUUGUGUUUCGACACAUACGUUCUUGCAGACAUAUUUUCACGUAUGUUCCCUCUGGCAGAACUUGAAAGUAAAAAAAGUUGCUUUAGAAGAAGCUUUCUAUUGAGAAGUGAGAAUGUGAAUCAAAGAAUGAGAUAAAAAAUACCUUUAAUAGAACAUGCCAAAGCAAUAAGACUAACUAUAAAUGUCUGAUUUAAUACAUAACAUUGUUUACGAGACACACCAACAUUUCUGGAUAUAAUUUCUGUGUUGUAGAUACACCUGGAUUACUGACUGCUGUAACUGUUGGGUGUAUAAUGUGCAAACACAGCACAACCCUUAGCCGUUUAGAUGAAGGUACCCGGCGCUCAGUUAAAGGGAUAGUGAGUGUUUUGUAGGUAGUCGAAAUGCUAGUGGUCUAGGCUGCCUAGUGCUGCGAACAGUGCUUUUGUAUCAAGUAUCCUAUGUAACUAUCCAAUGCCUCUCUCCAAGUCCCCAGCACCAGUCCCAAAAUCCCCAGCCCCUAUCCCAAUCCCUUAACCCCAGCCUCUCUGCUGUCUCUCCCAGUCCCAGGGCCUCAUUAAGGGACUUGAUUGACACGUCAGGAUGGUGUGCAUUUCAUUGAUGAGAAUUUUAGAGGCCGGGCUCGUGAUCUCCUUCUGUACUGAUCAGUACGUCACCCCACAGCUAUCCCAGGGGGACGUGAGAUCGGUUUCAAAUACCCUGCCUCUUCCCUCAGAGGCAAACCUUCUGUCCUGUCCAGGAGCCCCCAGCCCAACCUGGCCCCCAUGGGAGCACAGCGAAAGCGUGUCGUCACAUAGAACCUGGCGGCAGCUCAAAGGGAAUGCUGGGAAAUAGGAUCCAUAUGGUGGUACUAUAAAGUGCACCUCCAACCCAGAGCCUUCACCAAAAACUGGCCAAGCCGUCCUCAACACCGGCAUCCGUUCACCUACAGCCUCUCGUCUCUCCUCUCCUGUCUCCUCAGUAGUACUGCUGCUCCGUUUUACCCAAGGAUCCUUCAUCACACGUUACCUUUUUCAGGACUGGAUACUGAAAGGGGCUGACUAUGAAGAUCCUGGGCCAUGUGGUUUUCCUGCUGCUGAUAGGAGGGAUUUGUUGCCAGAACAACCGCAAUGCCAAACCUAGUGGCAAGUCAUCUAAGAAGAACCAGAACCAGGGGGCCGAGGCAGCCCAGUCGGCCCCAGAAGAUGAGCCCCAUCCUGGGCCAGUGGAGUCGGGCAGGGAGGGUAACUCUGGAGGUCGGGCGGCAGCCCAGCAGUCAGCUUCACAGAACAACAAGGCUUCAGAUGAUAUGAAGCUGCAUGUCCUCAAGAACACUCAGGUCACGUGCAACGAUGGAACAGUGGCAGGGUUUUACCUAAAGGAGUUCAAAGGGAGUAAGCGAUGGCUGAUAUUUCUGGAAGGCGGUUGGUGCUGCUACAACAAAGACUCCUGCGAUACCAGGUAUAAAAAUAUCCCACGACUCAUGACCUCAUCCGACUGGCCCCAAACACGCAAAGGAAGUGGGAUAUUGUCAGCCCAGGCGGAAGAAAACCCUCAUUGGUAUAACACUAAUAUUGUAUUCAUCCCGUACUGCUCCAGCGACGUGUGGAGUGGCACAGGGCCCACAGCCACCAAGGAGAAGAGAGGCCAGGGAAAAGAGAAGGAGAAAGAUGCCAUUGAGUAUACCUUCAUGGGUUCACUGAUCAUCCGUGAGGUCGUCAAAGACCUAGUCCCUAAAGGCAUCAAACAGGCCAAGGUUGUCAUGCUGGCUGGCACGAGUGCUGGAGGGACGGGAGUGCUACUGAACAUUGAGAGGGUGUCCAGUCAGCUAGAGCAACUGGGGGCAGAGGCCCAGGUUCGAGGCCUGGUGGAUUCAGGCUGGUUUCUGGAGAGUAAACAGCAGAGGGUUCCUGACUGCCCAGACAGUGUCUCCUGCUCACCUGUAGACGCCAUCAAGAGAGGACUCAAGCUGUGGAACGGGCUGGUCCCAGACAAGUGUCGGCAGCAGUACAAGAGAGGAGAGGAGUGGCAGUGCUUCUUCGGCCACAAACUCUACUCCUCCCUGACCUCCCCUCUGUUUGUGGUGCAGUGGCUGUUUGAUGAGGAGCAGCUGAGAGUGGAGAAUAUCUACCUGGGGGGUCAGACCCUGUCAGAACAGCAGUGGACCUACAUGCAGAACCUGGGAAAGGAUAUCAAGAACUCACUCAAAGAUGUCACGGCUGUGUUCGCACCCUCCUGCCUGUCCCACACAUUGAUCACUAAAAGUAACUGGAUGACGUUUCAAGUCAAAGGCACCUCCCUGCCCCGGGCUCUGCAGUGCUGGGAUAAGAGUUUCCAAGAGGCCAACCGUAACAGCAAGACCCCCCUGAAGGGCUGUCCCUUCCACCUGAUCGACACCUGCCACUGGCCCCAGUGCAACCCCACCUGCCCAGCCCUGGUGGACCAGGCCACCCAGCAGGAGCUCACGCUGCUCCAGAUGUUAGUGGGCAUGGGCCUGGACCUCCAGAAACUAGGCCUGGACCUCAGGAGGGACAGUAGCUCUAUAACUAGCAUGAUCAGUAGCGGUGGCUAAGAUAAGAUGUAUAGAAGCCCAUUCUCUGGCUUAGUAAAGGGGAAUUUAUUAUGAGUUAUGACGUAACCAUAAAAGGUACAGAAUCUGGUUACUUCUCUUGUGCCGCUCAGCCAUUCCAUUGUGCUCCACUGUUACCAUGCCGUCUUGAACGGUGGGUAUGUCACUGGGCUUACAGUAUGUCUGUCUGUAACGUUACAGUUUGCCUCCAGGGUCCCUCUCCUGGACAGUUAAAGAGGGGAGGGUAGUGAUUCCCUGGGUUGUGUCUCACAUUCACAUUCAAGGAGAACGAGGAGUGCCGGGUACCUGUAGCUAACCAGUCAGACACCAAACCUGCAACACACUUUCACCCAACUACAUGUACUAUACAAAACUUCAACAACAUUUUGUGAAGUGAAACGUACUGCUUUUGAGGAUUUUUGAAUAAGCGAUUGGCACAUUUUAUCAUCUUGCCAACAUAGGACUGGUACAGUAUUCAGAGGAAAUGUACAUUUUACUGUAGAUGGUUGACUGGAAAGAGAUAUUAGAUCCAUGUCCAAGCUCAAACACAGUCAGAGAAUCAAGGACUGUCUUGCAAGGACACUUGCAUUGCCAAGACCAUUCUCUAACUUUUAUUGUAUGUGUUCUACACACACACACACACACACACACAGCCUAUGGUUUAUAUUGCCCACAUUUCUACUGCUGCUGCUAUAACAACGUUGACUUUUUAGAUAUAUAUUUGAUAUGCAUGUGAAGUAAGGGAUGUUUGAUCUUGCAAAAGUGGCCCAAAUGGAGAGUAAUCGUCAUACUUUAUAAUAUUGUAUAUAAUCAAGAGAAGGUCGUGACCAUCUCUUCUUUCUUUGAGUUUACCGUGAAGUGUGUUUGAACCUAAUGUAUCUUCCCAUGGACCCUUUUAAGUGAUGUUUCCUCUUCAAAAAUGCUGUAGUUGAUACUACUCAGCUACUGUGUCAUGUACUGUAAAAUCUACAUCAUUUACAACAUUAAAGAUUCAUUUAAUGUGAUUAUAUCUAUUGUAUGGUAAUUAAAACAGAAUUGUUUGAUUUGCUACUGUUUUAAAUUGUAAGUAAUUAAGUAUUGAAUAAUAGAGAAAAUAAUGAAAUUAUUUACCAUGUAAACAGAACUAUAACCUAACAUGCAUUAUAUAUUGGAUGUUUGUUGAAUUGAAUACAGAACAAUAAAUACAAGUAUGGAUUAUCCUUGAAAA